AUGGACCCAUCUAUAGUCAAGCUUCUUGAAGAUGAUGAGGAUGAAACUAUGCAUUCAGGAGCAGAUGUGGAAGCUUUCCAAGCUGCAAUGAUUAGAGACAUAGGCGGAGAUGCUUCUAAUUCUCAGCUAUCUGAUUCAGAUGCAGGAAGCAAUAAUUCAUUCAGUCAAUCAUUACCAACGUGGCCAACUUCUAGCCAUGACAACCAGACUGACUGUCAAAAUCAGGAGCCUAAAAUUGCACAAGAGCAACCUUCAUCUGAAAUGGAGCUGAAGCAACAAGGACCUGUCGUGGAACAGAUACAAAAUGUUGCCUCACAAGAUACAAGUAAUCCUACUUUAUUACACAAACAAUCUCAAGAUGAAUGUCUCCAACGCCAGACUGUACCGGUUUCCCACCAACAUUCUCAAACAAAUGAAGUUCAGAAGUCUGAAAAAGAUCCUGUCUUUAACCAUGAGGUAAUCAAAACAAAUAAUCCCAACUGUGAAUCACAGUAUGCAAAAUUGCAGCAGAUGAGUAAUCAACAGGCCACAGUAAAUGAACAACCUAGUAGCCAAAUCAAUCGUAGUAAGCAGGUGCCAUUUGGCUUAUUGCUCCCUAUCUUGAUUCCCCAACUUGCCAAAGAUAGAGCAAUGCAACUUACAACAUUAUUUAACAAAUUGAAGAAAGAUGAAAUACCCAAAGAUCAUUUUGUACGGCUUAUGAAAGGGAUUGUGGGGGAUCAGAUGCUUAGAAUAGCAUUGACGAAAGUGCAACAACAAACAAAAGCCAAUGCAGGUUCUUCUGGACAGCAGCACCCUGUAAGGAUGCCAACGGUUACUUCCAGUGGAACAAAAUUUAAUGAUCCCCAUGCAUUAGCACAACUGCAUCAGAGAAGUAUGAAUCCUGCUGCAGACCAUUCUCAUAAUACUUCUUCAGCUAUCCAAGUGAAGAGUGAACCGACCUAUUCAACUAUGGACAUUGGUGCUAAAAAGUCUCUGGAACAUGAUGUUCGAGUUGUGCAACCAAAUCAAUUACCAUCAUCAGGUUCUAAUGCCGUCAGUCAAGAAACUGAAAGAUCCUCAGUUCACAUACAAGGCCUUAAUAAGCAGCAACAGCAGCAUAUACAUUUCCCAUCGACAUAUGGAAGCAGUGGUGGUAACUAUAACCAUUUUUCCGGGACAACUACUGGUUCGUCAUCUCUCAGACCACAACCUCAUCCUCAUGAUUCACACAUAAGGCAAAUUCCUCAUCAGAAUAUUGGUUUAAAUCACUUGGGUGUAGAACGACAAAGUUCUUUCACUGAUCCUAAGAGAAUGCCAGGUGGAUCUGUGUCGACUGGUGUAAACAAUACAGCACCACAACAAACUUCAACUUCUUGGCAACCUUCAGCAGAACAAAAUUCUGGCUUGUUUUCAUCUGUUUCAUAUGGUAGUGGUGUCAAUCAAGGCACUGUAAAGGAUGAGUUUUCAAGAGGUUCUUUAGCACUCACUAGCAUGCCACAUACAACAUCUGCUAGCUUGCCCACAUCAAGCUCUGCAUCUCAACUAGAUCCAACUGUCUCUUUAAGCUCUCAGAUCCCAGCUAGCACUUCUGGUAUGGUGUCAAAGACACCUGUAAAAAGACCUCUUGGCCAGAAGAAACCACUUGAAACACUUGGUUCUUCACCUCCUCCUCCAAGUAAGAAACAAAAGGUGUCUGGGUCAUCUAUGGAACAAAGCAUUGAACAGCUUAAUGAUGUUACAGCUGUUAGUGGUGUUGAUCUUAGGGAGGAGGAAGAACAGUUAUUUUCUGGGUCCAAAGAGGACAGUCGAGUUUCAGAAGCAUCUCGAAGAGUUGUGCAAGAAGAGGAAGAAAGUCUGAUUUUGCUAAAAGCUCCAUUGCAGAGAAAAUUGAUUGAAAUUAUGACUGAGUGUGGCUUGAAAGGCAUGGGUAAUGAUGUGGAAAAAUGCUUGUCACUGUGUGUAGAAGAGCGAAUGCGCGGAGUAAUAAGUAACAUAGUCAGAAUGUCAAAACAGAGGGUUGAUAUUGAGAAAACAAGACAUCGAACUGUUGUCACUUCAGAUGUUCGACAGCAAAUCAUGGCAAUGAAUAGGAAAGCAAGGGAAGAGUGGGAGAAAAAACAGGCUGAAGUAGACAAGCUCCGGAAACUAAAUGAUGUAGAAGGUGGUUCUGGAGUUGAUGGUGACAAGGACAGGGAUGAUGGUCGCAAUAAAGCAACAAAGGUGAACAAGGAAGUAGAUGACAAAAUGAGGACAAAUGCUGCAAAUGUUGCAGCUCGAGCUGCAGUUGGGGGAGAUGACAUGCUGUCAAAGUGGCAACUUAUGGCUGAGCAAGCCAGGCAGAAACGUGAAGGGGGAACAGACACUGCAUCUGGUUCUCAGCCAACCAAAGAUGUCAGUCGCAAAUCUUCACCAUCAUCAGGAAGGAGUACAAAAGACAAUCAAGAAAGGGAGAGAAAAGGUCCAAAUUCUCUUGGGAGUUCAGCGUCUGGUAGGAAGUUUGGGAAAAAUCAUUCCCCUGGAUCUCAAACUCGCAUAGCUCGUAGCAUCUCCGUGAAGGAUGUGAUUGCAGUCUUGGAGAGAGAACCUCAGAUGUCCAAAUCAUCACUCUUAUAUCGAUUGCAUGAGAGAAUUCAUUCUGAUACUUCAACCGAAUAA